AUGUAUUCUGUCGUACUUUUAACUGUUCUCUUUAUCUGCCUUAUUAUCAAACCUUUUUUCGACUACUUCCAUGAUCCGAAGCGCCUGCGAAGAUAUCCCAACUACAAUCUCAUUUGCGGGAUUUCUAAUCUUGGUUGGUGCUUGGAGACAUGGCGGGGAGGCAUUCGAUCGAAGAAACUCAGUGAGAUGCACAAAAAGCACCCAGUGAUCCGCAUCGGGCCCAACUCACUUUCUUACGGCGACCUAAGUGCAAUAAAAGACAUUUAUGGGCAUGGCACCAAGUGCCACAAAGAUGUCUUCUACCAGACAGAAGCCGGCUCACACUUCAACCUUGGAAAUGUCAUUGACAAACAGGAUCAUUCGCGAAAGAGGAAGAUGCUCGCAAGUGCAUUCGCUAUGAAGAACGUGCAAAUCUGGGAGUAUAAGGUGGCCGAAAAUGUAGCUCAUUUUAUUGAAGCCUGUGACAAACAUUGCACUGCACCACUACUAAAAUCCUCUCGACAUCCCGACCCGAAAGACCUGACGUUUGACUUCCGCGCUUGGGCGAACUUCUUCACCAUCGACGCAAUUGCCGAUAUUGCCCUCUCUGAGAAGCUAGGGGUGCUUAGGGCUGGGAACGACCUCGUGCCCGCCCAGACUGUGGAUAAAAUGCAAUACGAAGUGAAAUUCCGGGAUUGUUUGCAUGCUUCCAAGAUAGCACAUACGCGUAUUGCCUACGCAGACAAAUGGUACUGGCUUAACAGCAGAUAUGCAACCCGGCUCUUACCUUCCUAUCGAGAACUAUGGAGAUUGAACCAAGGUUGGAGCGACUUUGUGAACUACCAGGCAAGGAAACGUCUUGCCCGGUCACUUGAGGGUGAGAAGGUAGACGACUUUUUCCAAUGUUUGAUGGAUAGCAAGGAUGGCAGCCCUAGAAACCUCGAAUGGGGAGAAAUCGCGUCUGAGGUAGGCGUUCUAUUAGACGCCGGUUCUGCAACAACCGCGAUCGCUCUGAACAACGUAAUCUUCUGGUUGCUGCGAAGCCCCUCCUGUCUUGCUCGCCUACAAGAAGAGAUUGACGAUGCUCUUGACCUGGACAACAUCGUUGCACCUUACGAAAAAGUAAAGCAUCUUCCUUACCUGCGGGCCUGCCUUGACGAGAGCCUUCGCAUCACGCCCCCUUUCUCUUACAAUCUACCUCGUCGCACCCCACCCGAUGGCGCCGUUAUACUCAACGAUUUUGUCCCCGGUGAUACGACUGUAUCGAUUUCAUCCUAUGUUGCGCAUCGCAAUGAACGGAUCUUUCCAGAGCCCGAAAAAUUCAUGCCUGAACGCUGGCUUGGUGAGAAGAGUCGAUCAUUACAGUCAUAUUUUGUGCCUUUCAGCAGUGGUCCUCGGGCGUGCAUUGGACAAAACCUUACUUACUUGGAACAAACUAUCAUGCUUGCUAGUGUUUUACACCGAUAUAAAUUUGCACUGCCGCAUCCGGAAUGGGAGCAGGAUCGGGUGGAAGUGACAAAUUUGUUACCGGGACCAUUACCGUUGAAGGUAUGGAGGAGAUGCUUAGACUAA